UUAUAACUAUAUCGAAACGAUUUGAGUGAAAUAACGAAGUUGAUUUCGCGUCACGUUUUCGUGCUCAAACGGAAAAUGAUUCCAGAAGAAUAAAAAGUUUAGAAAAAAAAAGAAAGGAUUUUCUUACUUUUUCUGGUAAAUCAGGAAUCAAACUUAUUCAAAGAUUUAUCUUCCGGAUCGUUGUGGAGUCUUUCUCGAUUCUUUUUAAAAGAGAUCGAAAGGGGAAUAGCCUUUUAAAAUCCUAUUUUUUUAAUUUCCUUUUUUCCUUUUUUAUUUUUCUUCUUCAGUUUGAUUUCUUUCUCAACGGGUCUCUUUUGAAAAGUAGUUAGAGAAUUUUGGAGCAAAGUAGUACGUCUCUUAAUUGUAAGAAUAAUCAAGUACCGACAACUCCAGCUUCAAAGUCGUUUAAAGAAGUAGAUUUCGAGAAUAAGCGAAGGGACGAAGGGCCCGGUGUUGAUCGGCCGGUGUUGUCACAUCUCCGAAAACGAGUAUGAGCAAAGCAAGAAAGCUACAGCAUCAGCAACAACGUUGAAAGUAGAGAUACGAUAAGAGAAAAUACUUCGUUUCCCUAUUAACUGAUCGUUUGAAUAAAACGAUGUAUACGUAGCGUUCGAGAGAAUUUAUAUAAAAAAAGAAGAAUUUAUUACCAGUUUAAAUGAUACUAUGAUGAUGGAGCGAAUUUUCGUUGAAUUAAUAAAGAUAAUGAAUGAUUGGAAAGUCGCUUUAAGGAAAUAGUAACGUUCUUGGCACGACCCUAAGACUUUUUUAUCUGGUUAAUACGAAGAAAAUAUAUAUUAAUUAAAGUGAUAGAUAAAUUACAUUGUUAGAUUAAAGAAAACAAAAAAGAGAAAAAACAGAAAAGAGAAAAAAUAAGAUGAAGGUGAUCGAGGAAAUAACAUCGAGUUUCCAUACGGAAGCUUGGCAAAAUGAUAGCUUGUCUAUCGUUGAUCUAGCAAACACAAUGAUGACCAUGAACGUUACCGUUCCGAAUACACCUAAAAGACACGUGACUUUUAUUUCUCAAGCAGUUCUCACAUUGGUGUAUAUAACCGGUGUUAUCGGCAAUGUGUCCGCUCUGGUCAUUCUUUUUCAUCGCGAUAAGAGGAGAAAUCGCAAACACCUGCUGAUGCUACGUUGCUUGGCAAGCAACGAUCUCGUCGCAUUAUUGGGUAUGUUGGUCCAGAUGUAUAUCAGUAUCUACGUAGCUGGUGUUACAUCCAGCCGAGCAUUUUGCUCUCUGCGAGUCGUAUGGAGACUGUUUGGAUUAUUUAGUGGCUGUGUAGCUAUCGUAAUGGCUGCUGAAAGAUGGCUAGCUUUGACCAGGCCUUUCGUUUAUCAAAAGCAGGUGACGUAUCCGGUAAUUGUCCGUUGUAUGCUGACACUUUGGCUGGCUGCUCUGUCAUUGACCAGCCUGCCGGUAUUAGGCUUCGGUCUUUAUUACAAAGAUGAUCACUGUGUUCGAUAUAGAGAGGCUACCGAACCUACUGACAUAGCUUAUGCAUACGUGUGGUUCGUUUUCGGUACUCUUCUCUGUCUAUCCAUUGUCUGGUGUAAUUUAGCAGUGUCCAGAGCGUUAGGUAGAUUAGGUCGUAGAGCUGGAGCACUGAGACGUAUCUCGAGGGCUUCUUCAAGAGCAAAACCAUUGUUAACUGUAACUGGACCCACACCAGAAGUCGUCGCAACUGCUGAGGAAAGAGCUUUUGCCCGACUUAUGGCAGUGCUUUCGAUAUCUUUUGUUGUAUGCUGGAUGCCACAAAUGAUUUCGAUUCCGCUCGCACAAUUCUCUAUGACUUUAACGACGAAGAUGGUGACUUUGAAAAGGUGUAUCCGUGCUUUUCACAUUGUCGCCGACAUUCUUUUGUGCAUACACUUCACUUUGGAUCCAUAUAUUUACGUUCUCCUUCGAAUACCUCGACCAAGAUUCCGUUUGUUGAAACCACUUUGCAAGAUCUGCUGGCCAGCCAGAAGUCGAUCAAAUUCGUUUACAGGAACAGGAGAUAAUCACUGCAGCAGUGGUGAUCCACCAACCCCUAUAACCGAAGCACCCUCGACACCCGUUAGCGAGGAACACGAGUCAGAAUUAGCAACCGUUAAUGUUUGAGAUCAAUACGAAUUGAUCGUAUGGAUCUCAUAAACGAUUUUACGUUUACACAAUCGAAAAUGUAUUCUUCGAUGUACCAAAGUUCUAUAUAUGUAUUUCUUAUUUACUAUUUCGUAUUAACAUUUCUGGAUUAAAUUCGGGACAAAAUCGAGGCAUUCCAUGAGACUUAAGAUGAAGAAAAAAGGAUGACAAGUUUGUGACUGAGAGUAUUGCAAUUAUAAAUAUCCAUGGGUUUUUUAUCUUUCUUUUUUCUUUUAUAUAUACUAUUGUCGAAGGUUUAUGCAUGAAACGACUUUUCAUCGAGAACUCCAAUCAUUUGCUUCAUGCAAAUGACAGUGACGUUGACAGAUCGGAUACAAACCUAAUCUUUCGACAAUCGAAUUAUGAUCAAACGUACUACGAAAAUAACCGACAUUUUUUAUAUUUUUAUUUUAUGAGAAAUUGUUAAAAUUGUAUAAUUUGAUUAUAUGAUCAAUGAAUUUUAAACGUAUAUUACGUGCGAUUGAAAGUGUGAAAUAAAAGGAAAUAUUUAAAUACACGUUUCCAAAGCACAGUUACACGAUCCAAAUUAUUCUACAUAUAUGUAUAUACAUUAUAAAUGUUGACAUCUGUGUAGAUAUAUUUCUAGUCAGAGUCAAGCAAUGUAACUGUGAAAAAAACAAAAGAAAAUAUACAAAAAGACACAAAAAAAACGAAAAAAAGAGAAAUUUCAUUCGUUUCUAGUGCAAGAAUACCAAAAUAAGGAGAUCGAUUAUUCUCCGCACGAUGUUUAUCAUUACGCGCGUGCAUUUCUUUUUUUUUCUUUUUUAUAUUUUAUAACGUUAUUAUCAAAAAGAAAUAUUACUCGUGCCAUUUAAUGAUACUGUUGUUCUAAGUGUAUAAUGUGUGUACAUGAAUACAUAUUUACAUGUAAAAUAAGAGUACACGUUAAGAGGAACGAAUAUAUUAUUAUCAUUACUAAUAAUAGAUUUAUCAAUCAUUUUGCAUAUCAUGAUCGCAUAUCGUUCGAUGCGUUCGUUAUAAUUUCAUUUUAUAUGAUUUUUUUAUAUGUUUUCCUCAACGAAUGAUAUUUAUGGUGUAAUAAAAGUAUUCAUGCAUAUAGGUUAUUCUGAUUAACCGUUUACAAGUUUUAAAUCGUCUUUAAUACAAUUAUAUCAACGAGCAUUUAUAAUUGUACAUAAGAAUAUUACAUAUAGAUAAUUAUAAUCAAAUAUACUGUCUACGGAUUGUGACGUACAAUCGCAGGCGAUGUAAAGCACGGAGAUGAUAUCUAUUAAAAGAGAAAAAGAAAAUUACAUAAUUAUCAAAUAAAUAUGUACAUUCAUAAUAAAUGAUGAUACAAA